AUGCCUGGGAUAAUUAUAGGAUAUAUGGAUGGGGACAUAAUGAACUCAGACCUAUUGCAAAGAAAGGACACUCUACUAAUAUAUUUGAGGUUACAGAUGGAAAAGUUCCCAUUGCUGUGUGGAUGCCACAAUGUGAGACAUUAGUGCAGUAAAAUCCAUUAUAUUUAAUGGUUAAUUAAAAUUAGAUCCCCUGCGGGCUGGCAUGCGCCACCUGGUACCGGAACUCCAAGUGGGCGGGACCCACUCCCGGCUGACCGCUCAUGUCUCUGCAGAGCCGAGUCCCUGGCCCCCUGGCACAGCUGUGUUUGGCGGGACAGCUGCUUAGUGCCCCACGCCCCUGGCCAGGCACCUCAGCCUGUGCCAAGUGGACCCGCAGCAGUGCAUGCGGUCGUCCGGCGUCCCCUGAUGCCAACGGGCCCCGCACGCGGACCCCAGUGGGAGUUGGGGCUUGGGAGGCGCUGGCGGUGGGGCGGAGAGCUGGGGUGUGCACCAGGGCCCCCCUGGCCUUGGCGGCGAAAGUGGACCCGAACACCUGCACCAACUGGAAGGAGGCAAAAUCCUUUCUGAAGGGCCUGAGUGACAGGCAGCGGGAGGAACAUUACUUCUGCCGGGACUUCGUCAGGCUGAAGAAGAUCCCGACCUGGAAGGAGACGGCGAAAGGGUUAACCCCGAAGGUGGAGGAGCCCAAGUACAAAAAGGACAAGCAUCUCAAUGAGAAGAUCUCCCUGUUCCGAGGUGAUAUCACCAAGCUGGAGGUGGACGCCAUUAUCAACGCCGCCAACAACUCCCUGCUGGGAGGCGGCGGUGUGGACGGCUGCAUUCACCGGGCCGCCGGGCCCCUCCUCACCGCGGAGUGCCGGACCCUGCAGCACUGCGAGACUGGGAAGGCCAAGAUCACCAGCGGCUAUAGGCUGCCGGCUAAGUAUGUCAUCCACACGGUGGGGCCCAUCGUCCGCGGAGCGCCCAGCGCCAGCCAGGCUGCCAAGCUCCGCAGCUGCUACCUGAGCAGCCUCGCCUUGCUGCUGGAGCACCAGCUCCGCUCCGCCGCACUCCCCUGCAUCUCCACCGGAGUGUUUGGCUACCCCAACGAGGCAGCUGCAGAGGUGGUGCUGGUCACUCUGCGCGAGUGGCUGGAGCAGCACAAGGACAAGGUGGACCGGCUGAUCAUCUGUGUGUUUCUGGAGAAGGACGAAGACAUCUACCUGCGGCGGCUCCCCCACUACUUCCCAGUGGCCUGACCAGGUCUGAGUUGCUGCACACCCUGACCUGGGGGAGUCGCCUGGGCUUGCUGGACCUUGCUCCCAGCUCUAAGAGGUCGCUGAAGCCUGCAGCUGGGCCUGGGCCUGGCCACCCCAUCCUGUCCCUCAGCCCCCUGCCCCUCAGCAGCCUCCUAAUAAAGACCACCCUUGUUGAAAUAAAUAAAUAUCCUCUCUUCAA